AUGGCGACCGUAAUGCAGAAAAUCAAGGACAUCGAGGAUGAAGUACGGAAGGAGGGAUAAAACCCUACUUUGAACCAGCCUCUGCUCAUUUGCUUUGCCCAUCUUCUUCGUUUUGCCCCCCUGCUCGUUUUGUCUCAUGAAUGGUUGUCGAGGUUUUAUUUUUGUGUUUUUAUUGAACUCAAAUCAAGAGUGUCAUGCGGGGGAUGAUGUGAUUGGUUGGUGAGAUGGGGAUUAAUUUGUCCUGUUGGAGAUUGACUGCUUAACAAUUUUUUUUUUUAACAGAGUGUACUAUUUUUUCUUUUUUAAUGAGGCUUACUGUACUCGCUGUGGAGAACUUUGUAUUAGGUGGAUUGAAUUUUCUUACUAGAAUGAUUAUUGGUCUGGUUUCAGAUGGCAAGGACGCAGAAAAAUAAAGCAACUGCCCAUCACCUUGGCUUGCUGAAGGUAAUCUCUAGUGCCUUCUCUUGGCUCUCUACUCUUGUUACAGGCGUCUAUCUACUUAAAUUUCGCCAAUGUUGAUUUUAAUAUUUUGUCAUACUGAAGGUAUCUCUCAAGUGUCGCUGUCAUUAUUUUAUUCCUUUCCAUUCUCAAUAAUCUGGAACUGAUCAUGACCAAAGGCUCAUUAUCUGAGUGUAGAUGUAUCACCAUUACAUCAUGUUCUAUUAUGAAGUGAGGCUGGGGCUAUUUCAUAGAAGUGUGAAAGGAUAAUUAAAUUUUUUAUAAAAAAUAAUAUGUAGAACUGUACCAUGCAUCCAACUUUAGUAAUCGCUAAUAAUUGUCACUUGGAAAAAAUCAGAAAUCCAGUAGAUUGACCUGCUUAAGGAAAAAACUAUAUGGUCGUCUAAUGAAUAUCUAUUUAACUCUCAUAAAUAAACAGACAAAUUUGGCCAAUUCUAUGGGAAAUAACCCAUAAACAUUUUGUGGUACCCUACCUGGCUUUUGUGGAAGAGGAUCCCCAGUUGUACUGUCGUGUUUUACCCAUUUUCAUUUUAUAAAUGACUGGUAGUUUCCAGGAAUUGCUCUUCAAUGAUAUAAUUUACUUAGUAGAUUGUCAUAGUUUCCUUUUACAAGCCGAGAAAGCCUGUUUUGUUGCGAAUUAGAGCUUCAAUCCUUCCUUUGAUAGCUUGUAUCUUUGUUUUUUGAUUAUGGACAUCUCCCUAAGUAGAUAUAUCUCCCUGAAAGGUUUAUUAAGUGUCAGGAGUCGUGACAAUUCAAUACACUGAGCAUGGUCCAUUUGCAUCAAUCAAGGAACUUCACUUGACAUGUUAUUAAAUGUUAUACUUGCACUUGACAGUUUAAUUCGUAAGUAUUUCUACAAAACAUGUAUUGCAACAUCGUUUUUACUAACAUUAAAUUACUUAUGACUUUUAUGGCAUGGAGUAUCUUGAAGAACAGUUGUCCCUUGUAUUUCUUUCUUUCUAUCCUUACCAGGCUAAACUUGCGAAACUACGGAGGGAACUUCUGGAACCAUCAGCGAAAGGAGGUGGUGGAGCUGGUGAAGGUUUUGAUGUCACUAAAAGUGGAGAUGCACGAGUUGGCCUUGUAGGAUUUCCAUCAGUUGGAAAGUCAACACUUCUUAAUAAGUUAACCGGCACUUUUUCAGAGGUAUUACCGCUUAGAAAAGACUUUUAUAACUAUUUUUCUCUGAACACCUUGUGUCUCUCAUUAUGUGUUCCCUUUUGGUCCUUUUUCCUAAAUAUCAUUAUGGUGUAUCAGACUUGUUUAUUUCUAAGUUGUGAAAAAGUAAUGUCGGUUGUGCCAGUUUAUAUUAUCUUUUGGAUUUGUGAACGGAAUUCUUUUGAAGAGAGGGAUUUUUCCUCCAUCUUCUGAUUCAAUAAUUUGAUCAUGAUAUUAUAAUACAUCAACUUGUUUAAUAAUUUCUUUUGGGGUCUCUAUUCUCUCAUAGGAUUUUUGUUCGCAAUCUGGGAAAGUGGAAAUCAUUGUGGGUUUUUCCUUUUUUAUCUUCUGGUUUUAUGGAGGUAAAUUUACGAAUCAGCCUAUCAUUGACUGUUUAUUAAGGACAGAACAACAGAACAUAAUCUGGUUACAUAUAUGUAGUUGGCAUAGAUGUACUUUUAUGUUUGGUAGUUGAGUUUGGCAUAAGUUAUGAAGGUGCAUCACCAACUAAAGGAUGUACGUCUUGCCUAUUUUUUCUAGGCGACAAAGCAGUUUUGCACAUUCCUUCCUGAGAUACAUAAAUUAUUUUUAGAAAUUUUGAUUUUCUCUUUUAUGAGAUAAUUGAUGUUGUUCAGGAACAGAAAAAGAAUCACCCCUCAGAAUUUGCAAAAUUUGUUUAAAGCAUCAACUGUUAUAAUAUGAAAUGGUAAUAAGUGGCGGGUAUAAAACAUUGUUCCUAAGCAGCAUAGAUUUUUAUGUCCUUAUUUCAUAUCACAUAAAAAAUUAUGGUGGUUGAACACUCCUGUGUCUUAUUGUCCUUUCUGAACUUCUCGAAAUUUUUGAACUCUAGAUAGUUAGCUAAAGCUGAAAUCUUGCUUGGUUAUUAUUAUCUUUGUAUCUAAUAUUGGACGCUAGUGUCUUAUUUUUCGCCUUGUAGAGAAAUUGGUCUGGGAGCUGAGAUUUCUACCGUAUGUGCUAGAGUUCCCCAUGCAGUUGUGUUGCAUGUACUCUAGCUGCAUUCACUCAUGUCGUUUACAUUUCCUUGUUUUCUUUUCAUCAAGAGUAUAUUUGGCGGAUAGUUGGAUCAUCACUUAUUAAUUCAACUGUGUGGACUAUGAGAAGAUGACUUGAAUGGUCUUCACGCUUUGAAUGAAUAUUUCUGUGGUCUAAAAGGUUUUUUUAUUUUACAUUACAGGUUGCUUCAUAUGAGUUCACCACAUUAACAUGCAUUCCAGGAGUUAUUAUAUAUAAAGGUGCUAAAAUUCAGGUACUAAUUAUUUCCUUUUCGUUUCCAUCCCAGAAGAAACGUUUUGAAUCUUUGGUGUAAUUUAUUUUUAUGGAUUAAGACCUUAUUCAUUUUAUCAUCUUUUUGAAAAGGCAUCCUACACUGACUUGUGGUAGGCACCCGGCAGAAACCUUGUAUAUUUUCUCACAAUGCAUUAUGCAGAUCAAAUUCGGCUAGAAUUCUCAAUACGCAUUGCAUUCACAAAUUUUAAAUCACAGUGGUCACCGCAAUGCUGAGUUCUACUGUUGUUGCUCAGGAUUCAUUAAUCUAGUUCUUUUGAUGAAUUUAGUAGCCUACUGUAAUUUGUCUUUUGUUGACACUUUAAUGUUUAGGUGACUUAGAAUACUUGUAUAAACUACUGCUCUAGUGGAGUCUGUUGGGGGGGAGAAAUAGACUCACUGCACGAUAAAACGACAUUAUUUGACUGGGAAAGAUGUAUUAUGUUUACUAGCUUCUUUUGUGUACUUGGGAUAAACCAUAUAAUUGAUCAUCCUUUUAAUAUUUGUUUGGUUCGUCAUGAGAAUAAAACUGAUCGAACAUAAAAGUCACUGACAUAGUACUACCAGUCGAAUUUGCUUCAUUUUAGUUUAACGUGAGAAAUUUAGAAUUUUUAAGCACCAGAAAUAGGAUCGUUUUUUUACGGUAGAAAGAUUGAUGCUCGAACCUCCGACAGAAAGAAUUUCAAUGCAUGCGUUCUUUCUCUCCUCCCCUCAGCCACACAUCUUUUCCGUUCGCCCCCCCUUUAUCUAUGUCACCGUCUCCUCAAUGAGCGUAGAUUGAUGAAGAAGGCUUUUGUGCCGGUCAAUCUGUAUCCUAUUCUUCUGCACUCUACAUUUAAGAUAAAUCUCUUGCUGCUGAAAAUUAGCAAGCUUUUGUUUUGCUCUUAAAAUGCUCAAGUAUGUUACUGUCGAGUUGAGAAUUAGUAAGUCUCUGUUCCGUAUUUAAAAUGCCUGCUCACUUCAUCCUUUCCUUUCAGUUGCUUGAUCUACCAGGGAUUAUUGAGGGUGCAAAAGAUGGAAAGGGUAGAGGAAGACAGGUGACUAUACUCUUUUUAAACUAAUUAGACUUUUGGUUUCAUGAAGCUCUUAUACCUUUGUUGUGCAUAAAUGGUACACUUAUUAUAUCUAAUGAUUGUUCAAUGCUUAGAUGUAAUUUCCUGUGACCUUUUCCUGUCUGUUGUAAAUUUUGAAACUAAUAAUUGCAGUUAAGAGUGACUUGCCGUGUCAUUGAAUUUCAGGUGAUUAGCACUGCAAGAACAUGCAACUUAAUUUUAAUUGUUCUUGAUGCAAUAAAACCAAUAACCCACAAGCGAUUGAUAGAAAAAGAACUUGAAGGAUUUGGCAUAAGGUAAAAUCGUAUGUAUCCUUUUCUAUUGCUUUUGUUUUUCUUUAAAUCUCAAAUUUUGGUUAACACUGUUUAACGAUUUUUUCAGUACCCAUCGAAUUGUGAACUUGUCUCUUUUAUGAACUUGGGAGCCCUCAAAAUUUGAAAGCUGUUUAUUGAUUAACAAACAAUUUCAUGCUUUUUAAAAAUCAUAGGUCUCCAUUCUUUUAGUGGUGCAUAAUAUUAUUUUUGUUGCAAGAGAUCCGAAUCUUUUAAUCUGUAAACGUUUAUAAAAUGAAAUCGAGUCUCAUAAGCAGUUAUGAAUGGAUGAAUAGACUGAAGUUAUGAGUUAUGAUGUUUUGGGGCCCAGGUCUUGGUACUUAAAAAUCCAACUAAUCCUGACUGCAUUUCUUUAUCAUGAAAUGGUUUACUAUUUCCGUAAGUUUUAAGGUAUGCAACUGUGAUUAUGCAACGUUUUGCUGACAUCGCUGUAAUUGUCUACAAUGACAGAUUAAAUAAGGAACCUCCCAAUUUGACUUUUAGAAAGAAGGACAAAGGAGGCAUCAAUCUCACAUCCACUGUUGCAAACACUCAACUUGACCUGGAAACGGUGAAGGCUAUAUGCAGCGAAUACAGGAUUCACAAUGCUGAUAUAAACCUUAGAUAUGAUGCAACCGCCGACGAUCUCAUUGAUGUUAUUGAGGGCAGCAGAAAAUAUAUGCCCUGCAUCUAUGUUGUCAACAAGAUCGAUCAGAUAACAGUUGAGGAGCUAGAGAUUCUUGACAAACUACCACAUUAUUGCCCAAUAAGGUGAAUAUUUCCUUGUAUCUUUACUCACCGUUGUAAGUGUCUGACAUCUGAUUUCAUUUAGAACCUUGAGCAGUCAGAAACGACUUGGAAUAUUGCCCAACGCUGAAGGAUUGACCCACCUUCAAGGGCUACUUGUCUAUAUUUCUCGUAUCAGUAUCACGACCAUCAUAUUCAAUCACCUCUUUCGUAAUCUAUUUCUGGGUUGGGAACGGGAGUAAUCUCUGACGGUUUCCUACCGCCGUUCUGUUUUAUUUUAUUUAAACGACUGGUUGCAAAAUGGGAGAUGAGUUUAAGGCCGGCAGCAGUGACUUAACUUUCUCACCUCUUCUAAUCGCUGAUUUUGUCUUCCUUGCUGCAGUGCACACCUAGAAUGGAACCUUGAUGGGCUGUUGGAGAAGAUAUGGGACUACCUUGAUCUAGUUCGCAUCUACACGAAACCAAAGGGGAUAAAUCCGGACUAUGAAGACCCAGUUAUCUUAUCGUCGAGGAGGAGAACAGUGGAAGACUUCUGCGACAGAAUCCACAAGGACAUGAUAAAGCAAUUCAAAUAGUGAGCAUCCUUAAUGUCCUUCUCUAUUUCGACUUUCAUUUUCCAUCCUCGUUCAACCAUUGACGGUCCUUUUGAUUCAUCAGUGCUCUGGUUUGGGGUUCAAGCGCGAAGCAUAAGCCACAGAGAGUUGGCAAGGUCUUCUAUUCAGCGCUCUUUCCCUUCCCACGUCAAAGCUUUAGUUUGAGCUUUCUCAUGGUCCUUCAAAUCGUGCUUGCAGGAACACGAGCUUGAAGACGAAGAUGUUGUUCAGAUAAUAAAGAAAGUGUAA